AGCUCUAAGUCCCUGUAUAGCCCCAGGACCAGUUUUCAGUCCUCGUAUGCACAAGCUCCCCACCCCCAAAUCCCGUGUACUAACAGAGCCAGCACUUACUUUCGGCCGUUUCCACUCAAAACUAACUGCCGGCUUCUCGCUGUAAAACAGGGAAGACUCGUCCGCUGGGAAUUCUGGAUCCUCAUAUAAAACUCCCUGCGUUAGGCACUGAUUUUUCAGCUCCUGGAUCUCUAGUGAACACCCAAUGACAGAAAAGAGAAAAAAACUGACCUUCUUGCCUGUGAUCCUAGUUGUUGAGCUGAGGCAUUGCUUCACACAUUGGGUUGAAAAGUGGUUGAGCAUGAAGUGGAUCUUCUCCCUGCUCUGGAUAGGAGCCCUCCUGCAAUGGGGAACAACAAAUCGGCCCUAUAUUCAUCCUUUCAAUUUGUUUUCCUGCAAUCAAACUGAGGUCCAGGAAGAAAUAGACCGAAACAACAGCUUCCUUUCUGACCCGAGUGGGUUUGAUAUUGCGAGUCCCAUCAAUAGGUCUGGACAGAGGUGGGAGGAUGAGGUGCAAUGGAAGCCCAGCCGUAGCAAAAGUUUCUCCUUACUCAUUGUCCAGGAGAAAAUGGGCAAAAUCUGGUUUGCUAAGCUGAGUCCGCUGGAGGGUUCAGGGGUAACACUGAUGGCCCCCUUCCAUCUGUAUGAGAGUCUGGCCACUCUGUCUCUGGGUGCUGGGGGGAUCACUGCUCAGAACUUCCGUCACCACCUGGGACUCGUGGAUUGUGGGUGCAUUGGUGAUCAGCAUUCCUGGAUCAUGCGUUGGCAAGGCAGGCUGGUUAACCAAGACAUCUUAUCUCGGCAUGAAGGCUUGCUGGAAACUGGCACCUGGAUUGUUGUCAGGAAGGGCCUGCAACUCCGUCAAGCCUUCCUGUGGGAACUCCGAUGGUUCUACCCCAGUGUGCAACUGAAAGCAGCCAACACCAGCCAGCCCCACAUGGCCGAAGAGAUGAUCAACACAUUCAUCCGCAAUGCAACUGCUGGCAGGGUCAAUCGCCUGGUGAAUGGCCUGAGCCCAAGCACAAACCUGGUGUUGGCCAGUUACAUUCACUUUAAAGGCAAGUGGAAGAACAGAUCGCAGUGUCAUGGAUCAGAAUUUCAAGACUUCUUCAAUGAUGGGAGGAGUAAAGUCCAUGCCCCUAUGACAACCUGGUGUGGCAAGUUGCAGUACAAGAUUGAUCCUACAUACACAAUGAUUAAACUCCCAUUGAUUGGAACAGCAUACAUCAUACUUGUCCAGCCAGUACAACCAGAUACGCUGGAGAGCAUUGAAUCCACCCUAGAUGUUAACUCAAUUAUACUUAAAUCUGGGAUUGUAAAGCUUGUCUUGCCACAGUUCAAAUGGAACAGUACAUAUGAUGUGAGGGAACUUUACCAAAGGAUGAACCUGCCAGAUAUGUUGAGCGGUCGAGCGAAUUUCUCUAGAUUAAAUAAUGAACAAAAUCUAAUACCAGACCAGGUAAUUCAACAUGUUAUUUUUGAAGUGAUGGAAGAUGGAGAGAAGUCAACCACUCCAGGAUAUGUUCCAUUCAGUAACACAACCAUCGCAACGGAGAUUCGGAUAGACAAACCUUUCUUUUUCCGAGUCUUUGAUGGAAUAUUGAAUGAUCUACUGCUUCUUGGCAGAGUAAAGAAACUUCACUGAAAACCAGAAUUUAAAAUAUUUUUAUGAAUGCUCAAAGGAAGAUUUACCUAUUUUAGUUAAACAUUUCUGGGAAAGGCCAGUACUAGGAGAAAAUAGGAUUGCAGUAGACAUUCCUGCAAAAGGGAUAGAAGCAACCGCAGCUAAAAAUUGAUGAGCUGAGUGGCCUCCUUUUAAGAGCACUUUCCAUUAUUGGUUUUAGUUUUGAAUCAGAACAGAUCAUAGCAAUCUAUAAAUAAAUAAAUAACCCCCACUUAGAAAGUAAUCAAGUUAUGAAGGUAUUCUCAAAAUUGCAAACAUUGAUAAUAUUUUAAAAAUCUUAUCAGCGCUCAUUACCUUGGAACCUAUACUAUUACAACUGUAAUUUUUCUCAUAUAACAAAAGUUGUCCGUGAAAAUUGGUUAGGUGCAAUUGCACCCUCCCUCCAGCGAAGGUGCUCUCCAAAGCUGACCAUUCUUUGCUGAGUGAUCUAACAGAGCCUUCAGGGACCCCAACCUCAAACCUCAACCCCAAAGGGAAAACAUGAUUUGUGAUGGAGAAAGUAGCCCUGGUUGUGAAGAAUGAAAGAUUGAAUCCAUCUUUCUCCUCUAUCCACUUGUGGGAUUGUAACCCAGAUCGUGUCUUUUGAUGGGGUGGGGGGGUUAGUGGUGGGAAGUGAAGAUGAUUUACCUCAAAAUAAUCCUGAACAACCGGGAAGGUUUACGACCACAAAAUUAGAGCUAAGCCCUUCAGGGGGUGAUGUCAAGGAGCAGUUUUUCCACAAACAUUGAUGAAAAUCUGUUGAAAUUGGGAGGUGAGGUAAAUAAAUGGAAAAUUUUAAAAAUGCAAGUGUGAUGGAUUUUUGUUACUAAAGGAUAUAAUAUGAUAGAGUCAAAGUGAGGAAGUGGAGUUAAAGCACAGAUCAAUUCUGAUCUAAAUUAAUCUUGGAAUGUGCUCAAGAAGCUGAAUACAUUGUACUGUGAUCUUACUUCUAAAAUUUCU